AUGAGCACGUCGCCGCUCCUCGCCAAGUCGGCGAAAGAUGCCUUCAUCGAAGUCAUGCUCAUGCCCGGCGGCAAUCUCGAGGCGGUCGAGGCGCUCUUCGCGUGCUGCCAGGUGGACGUCUUCGUUCACUCCAUGGCGCGCCUGCGCAACGCCGCCGCCGCCAAGCGCCAGAUGCUUGGGCUCGUGUCGCCGCCGCAGCUCAUGCACGCCGAGCCCUACACCGUCCGCGAUAUGCUCACCUUCCAACCGGACCCCUUCCCCCAUCCCAUGCUCCGCCUGCACCGCGCGCUGCAGGAGCCCGCCGCGCGCUUGUUCGGGGACAUUCUGCGCUACAUGGGGCUUGCGAGCGGCGCGGGAGGCGCAACGUUCAUCGGCGGAGGCCCCGCGGGGAGGCUGACACCGGCGGCGGAGAUUGCGCUGGUUGCGCGCGUGCUGCAGACGAUUGGCGAAGAGCCGCUGCUUCGCGACGAGCUAUUUCUGCAGUUACAGAAGCAGACGCGCGCGAAUGAUUAUCGCGACUCGUGCAUAAAGGCGUGGGAGCUCAUGCGCUACUGCGCGUACAUCUUCCCGCCGACCACCACCGUCGCGACGCCCCUAGUCGACUAUUUCACCGCGCUCGCUGCCGACCCCAAGUGCGACCCGGGAAUCCUCGGCGCGCUGCGGCUGGCGUGGAAGGCGCUCGAGCACGGGCUGGAGCACGGGCCGCGCGAGACUAUACCGGGGGAGGAGGAGGUUCGCGCGCUAUUAACGGGGACCCCGAUGGUGGUGCCGGUGUUUCUGUGCAACGACGCGCCGGAGAAUAUUCACUAUGGACCGACGACCACGGCGGAAGAGGCGGUCAAGAUCCUCUGUAAGAAGCUGCAGGUCUCCGCCACCUCCCCCUUCGCCUUGUACACCAGCCGCGCCACGCGCCCGCUCGUCGGCUCCGCGGCCCCCGCCGGCUCCGCCUCUCCCGCGCCCGGCGGAAAGAAGGGCGCCGCCAUCCCCCCAGCCGUCGCGGAGCACGUGCUGCUGCCCCGCAGCGCGUACAUAUCGGACUUACUAGUCGACUACGGCACCGCGGCGCAGGUGGGGCAGUCGCGCGGGCAGCAGGUGGUCUGCAAGCUGCUGCUGCGCAAGCGCUGGUUCGACCGCGCCGAUGCUGACGUGGCGGAGCGCCAGUUCGUGCGCCUCUGCUACGUGCAGCUGCGCCGCGACUACAUGGAGAGCCGCUACCUCGUCACCGCGGAAGGCGCGGUGGUGUUAGCCGCACUCCAAAUCGCCGCGGAAAUUGGCGUCAUUCCCGACCCGCUGGACGCGCCCGAGUGGCUGGCGCUGAUGACUAAGUCCGUGCCGGCUAUUGUAUCGGGCGCCAUGAGUGAGGACGAGUGGGCCAAGCAGAUCGCCGCCCAGUACAAGACGCUGUGGUCUCUGGACCAUGAGGGCACGAUGCGUGAGUUCACGCGAAUCAUCCUUGACAGCCCGCACGGCGGGUCUGUGUUUUUCCCCCUCCGCCCGCACCCGGACAUUGCCGCGUCCUUCCCCAAGCGGAUGGAAGUGGGAAUCAACCACAACGGGCUCCACUUCCUGAACCCGGAGGACCAUUCACUCGUGCUAGAGGCGGAGCUGAAGGACAUUGCAGAGUAUGCCGGCAAGCCCGGGCGAGUCUACUUCUCGCUGCUCAUGCGCAACCAGCUGUGCUCACUCGAAUUCGCCACCAAAGGGGGCGAGGAGAUCACUCAGCUGCUGGACCGUCACAUCGCAAAUGCCGUUCGGCAGGCAAGAGGCGAGCACGUGGGAGUGGAGAGCGAGAGUGGUAUCGAGGAAGAGGAGGAGAGGAGCAUGGGGAGGGGGGGGGCGGUGGAGAAGGGGAGGGUGAUGGUGAGGCAAGAGGGGCUGCUGAUGCCGUCUCUCCGCAUGUCACAGGGCGCGGCAGCAGCAGUUUCCCAUGGCUCUUCACGGCCACGUUACGCUUGA